AUGCCGCGUGCUAGGCAUAACACGACUUCCUUGCCCCGGCAUCUACGAUCUGAGUUGGGAAUCCGCGAUACCUACGGUGAAAAGAAGCGUCGCCUUAACGGACCGGCCUCGCGGAAAGAACGUCGCCAAAAUGAGCGGACGCAGAAGAAAGGACGACAUGCAGCACCACAGAAUAAGAAAAACUUUCAGCGAUACGAACCGCCGGCUCGGGGCGAGGGUGAUGAGGAAGAGGAUCUCGACCUAGACUCGGACGAUGAAGGACGCAGUGCGCCACAGACGAAGCCGAAAUCUAAGGAAGCAGCCCAGAAGCCCAAGUCGAUUAUGAAGAAGACGCAAGCACCACAGGAACCCGAGUCCGAAUCCGAGUCUGAGUUGGAAAUAGACCUAGAUGAAGAUGAGGACGAAGACGAUGAAAGCGAAGACGCCUCCGAAGACGAGUCUGAAGAAGAUGUGCCGUCUGGGGCCCAUGUGCCUGCAGGCAUCAAGUCCAAGCUCGCGCAAGAUGAUGCCGAAAUCGCCGCAUUGGAAAAGAAGCUUGGCCUCAAGAAGGGCAAGACUUCUAAGGCAUUCGAGGAGGACGGGCUAGACGAUCUGCUAGGUGACCUUGGCGGUGGUGGCGACGGUUCAGAGGACGAGAAUCGCAAGCGCAAACGAGAAGCCGACGACUGGUUGCAGAGCAAGAGACAAAAGGCUAAAGCUUUGCAAGCACAAGCCGAGACAAAGGAUAACGAAGAGGACAGCGAAGAGGACGUUGACCUCGACGAGGGGAUCUUUGGGAGCGAGGACGACGAAGAGGCUGCUGAUGACAGUGACUUUGACGGGUUCGAUGACGAAGAGAAGAAAGAACCUAAGAAAAAAGAAAAUCCCUAUGUCGCUCCGGUCCCCAAACCUGAAGCGUCGGCCCAAAAAUACAUUCCACCUUCAUUGCGAGCGCGCGCCGAUCCAGAGAGUGAAUCUCUUACUCGACUGAAGCGCCAGGCACAGGGACAGCUGAACAAGUUGUCUGAGGCCAACAUGAUUUCGAUUGUCUCCGAGUUCGAAAAGCUUUACCGAGACUACCCACGCCAGCACGUCACUUCUACCUUGAUUGACUUACUCAUGGGCCUGAUCUGUGAAAGGGCUGCUCUAUCGGAUACUUUUCUCAUUCUACACGCCGGUUUCAUUGCAGCGUUAUACAAGCUUUUGGGCAUGGACUUUGGUGCAGAGAUUAUACAGAAGGUUGUUGAAACUCUUGAUGCCAAUGGUGAUGAGCGAGGAACGUUCCAAGGAAAGGAGACUGCCAACCUGAUGUCCCUUCUCUCGCAGCUCUACAACUUCCACGUCAUUGGCUCCGCAUUGAUGUUCGAUUAUAUUCGCAUUUACCUACAGGAAAUGACGGAAAACAACACCGAGCUCCUGCUCAAGGUUAUCCGGAAUUCCGGCCCUCAGCUCCGACAGGACGACCCAUCCUCGCUCAAGGAUAUUGUGCUACUCAUUCAGCCCGCAGUAGCAAAGGCCGGCGAGGCUAGCCUGUCCGUCCGAACAAAGUUCAUGAUCGACACUAUCACAGACCUGAAGAACAACCGCGUCAAGUCUUCAGCCGCAGCCGGCGCCAGUAUCGCCACAGAGCACAUUACGAAAAUGCGCAAGAUCCUGGGUUCCCUAAACAACUCCCGGGUGAUCCGUGCAUCCGAGCCCAUCAACAUCUCCCGCGACGAUAUCCACAACUCAGCGAAGAAAGGAAAGUGGUGGUUAGUCGGCGCAAGCUGGAAGGAAGACCCUCUCGUAACCGCCCAGCAAGAAAUUGCCGGUCUGCCAAUGAAUCACAGCCACGUCCAAGACGAUGAAAGUGAAGGUGAACCCGACUACGGCAACCUCGCCAGGGCUCAUCGCAUGAACACCGACAUUCGCCGAUCAAUCUUUGUCGCCAUCAUGUCCGCCACAGAUUUCCAAGACGCACACGUCCGGUUAAUGAAGCUCCGCCUGAAACGCGCUCAGGAAUUCGAGAUCCCUCGUGUCCUGCUGCACUGUGCCAUGGAGGAACAGGCACACAACCCAUACUAUACCCUCAUUGCCCGCCGUAUCUGCGGCGACAUGGGCCGACGCAUCAAGAUGUCCUUCAUGUUCGCCCUCUGGAACAUUUUCAAGCGAAUGGGCGAGCGAGGUGAUAUGGACGAAGAUGAAGACGAUAGCUUCGAUCCAGAUGACGAGGAGAACGGAGUCCCCAUGAAGGCUGUGGUCAACCUGGCCAAGAUGUACAGCAGCUUGAUUGCGGACGGCAGCUUGACGCUGGGCAUCCUGAAGACCCUCAAUUUUGCGUAUCUGCAGCCGAAGACUAAGACUUUCGUGGAGAUCUUGAUUAUUAGUCUCAUUCAGCAGUCCCAAAAGUCUAAGAAAAAGAAGAAGUCCAAGAGCUCCAAGGCGGAUGAAGCUCCCAAGGAUGAACAAGCCUUGAUGCAAAUUUUCUUGCGUGUUAAGGAGACACCGCAUAUCGGCAAGGGCUUGAUCUUCUUUGUUCGGAAGGUUGUUGCGAAGACUGAUAUUGUGUCUGAUGAGGAGAUGAAGCUGGUUCGGUGGGGCUGCGAUGUGGCUGUUGAUGCUCUCAAGGCUGUAUCGGAUUGA